ACUCAAUGAAUGCGUCUCAUUAACUUGAACACUUCAUCAUCGUCUACAGAUUUGAACCGGCCGUUCUUCAACAAGGAAGAAAUACCUCAAGCUAUUCAUCAUGGGUCGUAUGCACAAUCCCCACAAGGGUAUCGCCGGUUCGGCACUUCCCUACAAGCGAACUCCUCCAAGAUGGUUGAAGGUCACCCCAGAGGAAGUCUCUGAACAGAUCUUCAAGCUUGCCCGUAAGGGUAUGACCCCUUCCCAAAUCGGUGUUGUUCUCCGAGACAGCCAUGGUAUUGCUCAAGUCAAGAGUGUUACCGGUGCCAAAAUCCUCCGUAUUCUCAAGGGUAGCGGUCUUGCCCCUGAGCUCCCAGAAGAUCUUUACCACUUGAUCAAGAAAGCUGUCUCCGUCCGAAAGCAUCUCGAACGAAACCGAAAGGACAAGGACUCCAAGUUCCGAUUGAUUCUCAUCGAAUCUCGAAUCCACCGUCUUGUCCGAUACUACAAGACAAAAUCUCAACUCUCGCCUUCCUUCAAAUACGAGAGUGCAACCGCCUCUACCAUUGUCUCAUAAAGACUCUAUCCAUUUGACCAUCUCACUCCUGGUCUUCCCACAUCGUUCAUGACCAUUAUGGGUUUGCUAAAUGCGCCAAUCAAUCUUGUUACAUCCAUGUGUUCUCACUAUGCUUCCUUGAUCUCCAUGUCCCCUUUCAUUGGAAAUAUCAAACUCCUCCAGUCGGUCGU